AUGCCCGGCUUUGCGGACUCAUUUUGGACGCCCGACUAUGCCUCUGGCUUGGGAAUUCUGUAUACAAAGCUUCAGCAAGGCAUUGCCGAGAACAGACAGAUUCUCACCGUUGCUAGUUUGCGAGCCGACGCAGAAGACGUUUACUCCUCCAGACUUGGAGACAUUACUCCUGCCGUGGAUCGCAUAACCACAGGCUUCUCAAAAGAUGAGGGUGCUAGUGUGAGGAAGGCAUACGAUGGAAUUCGCGGCGAAAUGAUCGAGGCGUCCAAAAACCACCAAAAGAUUUCAUCCAACAUUCGCGAACUCGUCGUCAACCCUUUUGGUCGAUGGUGCGAUCAGCACGCGGCCCGAGUCCAGAAUUCGCACGAUGAUCUACAAGCACGUAUUAAGGAUCACAUGAAACAGACGGAGCUGGUGAAGAAACUGCGGAGUCAAUACUUCAACAAGUGCCGCCUUGUUGAGGACUUGGAGGAGGAAAAUAAGCUUGCGUUCCAGAGCCCGGAGGCUUCUAGUCCCAAAGGAAAACCGCCAGCACCAAAAAUCGUCUUGACGGAUCCACAAGAGUCCGACGAGCCCGAAAUCUUUGACUUGGGAGACAAAUCCUACAGUGAAGAUGAAAUCAAGAAUAUCUUGUCCGACAUGCUCAAUACCAUCAAGAUUGGUGAAGUCAAAGUGCCCAUUCUCGGUACAUAUCAGAAUACUUCGACGGGUGCCGAUAUAGUCGACUAUCUGCAGAAGAAAUUGGAAGCCCCCAGUAUCAGCUACGCCGAGCGAAUUGGUCAGGAUAUGGUAGACCUUGGAUUCUUGCGAUUGAUUGGAAAUAUGGGAAGCACCUUUGCCAACAGCAGCCGUAUGAACUAUCAGUGGAGGUCAAAGGUAUUCCAACUUACUGGAAUGCCCGAAAAUAAGAAGCCCCUACUUCGCAUGACUUCGCUCAUGUCCAAUGACGAAGCCACUGCGUCGCCAACAAUCUCAAGUGUUUCGGAAAUGCUUUCGGGCUGGAACCCCCUGAACAACCCUUAUCCUGACGAGACCCCUGCCGAAAAGCUUCAUCGUGAAGCGCGCGAGGCAGAUGAACGCUACAAAGCUGCUGUCAUCAAGCUGGAUCAAAUACGAUGCAUCCUUGAAGAGGAGAUUAUUGAUCACUUGCGAUUCAUGGAGCGAUGCGAGCUUGAUCGUCUAAAGGCCAUCAAGUCUGUAGUGCUUGAUUUCUCCGGCGCGAUUAGCAAUGUUAUCCCCGGCUUGCAAAGCACGGUUGAUCAUAUGAUGCUGUACCAAGAGACCAUUCAGCCGCUGGGAGAUUUGAGGUAUUUGCUCGAAAAUUACCGCACCGGAGGGUUUGCGCCAAAGGUGCAGCCCUACGAGAAUUACUACGGUUCUGUCGGAGAUCAAGUAUUUGGUGUCGACUUGGAGGCUAGGGCUAGAGCUGAUCGAAAGCGAGUCCCUGUCAUUGUGACUAACAUUUUGACAUUUCUCGACAAUCACUACCCAGAUCUUGAAGGCGAUGAAGCCCGACGAGCUAUCUGGUUGCAUGACGUUCCUCUUGCUGCCACUCACCAUCUCCGACAAGCCCUAAAUAACAGCGCCGGAGAUCCUCGUGCCAUUCUUGACAAAUAUGAGAUACCCAUUGUUGCUAGCGUUCUAAAGUUAUACCUCCUUGAACUUCCCGACUCCCUUGUUUCAUCGCAAGUUUACGAAAUCAUCAAAACCAUUUACUCGACCACGGCCAACGAAACUUCCGAAGAAGGCAGAAUCAAAGUGUUGCAAAGCACACUUGGCCAACUCCGACUUAACAACAUAGCCACGCUUGAUGCUCUCAUGACGCACUUUACACGUUUAAUAGACUUGACAUCCGCUGAUGAGACCUAUGUGGCCGCUCUUGCUCAGACUCUGGCACCAUGUGUUUUGCGACCUCGCCUCGAAAACACACUGACACUCAAUGAACGUCACAGCUACCGCUUGAUUCGAGACCUGUUUGAUCACAAGGAUGCUAUCUUUGGCGAGCUCAAACGCCAGUCCAGCGCUAGCAGUACCUUGGGUGCUGGUGCUGGCACUGCUCGCCCACGUGCAAUCAGCACCGACGAAAGUAACCGAAGAGCUGCCGUAGAGGCUCGCAMCCGCGCUAUCGCUAGUCGCAGUSGAGCCACAAGCCCAGCUCCAGGCGCUCGACACCGUCGUGACCGGUCAACCGACGGAUCACAGGGAUCAGGUCGUUUCCCUAUCAACGUCGGUAGUCCACAUGGAUCAGAGCGUCGCAACCCUCGUCAGAGUCUCGACGUCCCGUCAUCAACUGACCUGCAUAUUGUCACCGAUUCAGCCAAAUUGGCUGAAGAUAAGGAUGCUCCCAACGGUUCCGCAGAAGAGACUAACGAAAAGGCCGCACCAGAAGUCUCGGCUACUAUUACUGACUUCAACGAUCCUGCUCCCGUUCCUUCCGCCGACGUUGACGCCGAUGAACAGACCACCAACAACAAUAAUCGCUCGGAAGGCUCGCCUACUCCUACCGCCAGUGUGGCUACCAUCGAGAAACGGGACUCACUGACCCGUGGCCGACACGUUCGUCGUGCAGGCGGCAGCCAUCCUCCAACCGAUCUUGCCAGCAAGCGAGCAAGUGUCGUCACUGAUGGGGAACUGAAGGGUGUCACAUUAGAAGAUAAGCCAAUGGAAGACUUUGCUUGA